AUGGCAUCAAAAUGUAGUGGAAUACGUUUGGUAGCUUUCGAUAAACAACAAAAACUUACUACACCAAUACGUAAUGCAACAAUUGAACUUAUUGAAUUAUUUGAAGAAUUAUCAUCUUGUAUUUCAUUUAUUGAACAACAAACAAAAGAAAAUAAAGUUAUUAUUUUAAUAACAACAACUCUAGAAGAAAAUAUAUUACAAACAUUUGAAUCUCUAACAAUUAUUGAAGCUAUACUUAUUUCAUCAACAACAAUUACAGAUGUAGAUACAUUACCAAGUAAAGUCAUAGGUGUUUAUUCUGAAACGGAAUCUUUAUUACGAUCAUUAUCUGAAAUACUUGAUAUAGUAGAACAACGAAUUAAUGCUAAUAGUAUUAUUUUUAAUCAUCAUAUAGAUGGAACUGAUAAUUUAGCUUUUUAUUUUUAUUAUUUAUGGAAAAAUCAUAGUGAAGAUCAAAAAAGUACAAAAAAAUCUCUUGUAGAUCAAGCACGACUUAUAUUUCAAUCAAAUAAUCAAAUAAAAGCAUGUAUUCAACAAUUUGAAACAUCAUAUAAACCAAAUGAAGUUUUUACUUGGCUUGAUAAACAACAUCAUUCAUUUCCAUAUCAUAUUCUUAUUUCAAAUGCUCUUCGUUCUCAUAAUCAAGAAUUAUUAUUACUUAGUCGUUUUUUUCUUGAUGAUCUUACGAAAAAAAUGAAACCUUUAACAACAGGAUCUAAUUAUAAACAAGUUUAUUUUGGUACAAAAUUAUCAAUCAAUUUUAUUGAUCAACUUGAACAAAGAAUAAAAACCGAUAUUAUUGCAUUUCAAUGUUUUCUUCCUGCAACAUCCUCAAGAGCUAAUGCUUUAAUCGAAGCUACUCGACCGUCUCGUCGUCAAAAGAUGAAUAAUGUUCUUUUUAAAAUUAAUAUGACUAAUACAUUAUGUGCAAGUUUAGGUGAGACAAUUUUUAUUGAUAUGUCAACACCUUUUCAAAUUUCAUGUGUAACAAGAAGUACUGCUACUGCUAGUAGUCAACAAUUACUAACUGUUAUUAAAUUAAUGGCACUUAAUAAAGAUGAUACAGAUCAAUUAUUUGAACAAUUUAUUCAACGACAAAAACAAUUAGGCAAAACAAUAAAUGAUUUGUUACAAAGAAUAAAUUCUGAUAUCAGGUUAGUUGUUUGA